AUGUCCCGAAAUGGGAUGAAAACACUCACAGAAGCUCUUUCCCGAAUACGUGGACGGAUUUCUACUGCUUCUUCUGUUUACAUUUCCCGACUACCCUCUCCACGAGCUGACAUCGCAUCGUUGACUGAAGAGUCCUCCAUCAGACGGCUACGACUCGACCAAUUCCGUCAAAAACAUCCCCAAGAUGUUGAUCCCAUCGUAUAUUCACGCUUUGUUAAUGCACUUUACCCAGUUGUGAACAAUAUGGGUCGAUUUUCCCCGGAUCGACCAACAGAACGUCUAGUCAACCAUUCCGAACUUCUAGAUGCUUAUAGUCAUCUUCCGAGACCGGGAGUGGCAUACAUCCAGGCUCAGGAUUUCGAAAAAUUCAUGUCUGUGAUUCUUAGCAGACGAGACUUCGUACGGCCCAACGCAUUGUCUCCUUCCUCCAAGCAUUAUUAUCUGGCAGAGCAGAUCAUCCAGGCAUUUGCAUCGGGACAGAGGGCCCGCAAAGUACACUUAGCGAACUUUUGGAAGAUUGCUCGUGAUUUGAAUACGGCCAAUGUCCCAGUUACAGGCAACGAACAACGACAGUUACUUUACAUGACAUUAUAUAAGGAAAGUCCGGAUAUUCUUAAGAUGGUGACUGAAGCGUACCUGAAUUUGAAUAAGGCUCUGGAUACAUAUGACAAAUAUGCGGAUAUGUUCAAUUCAGCCAAUUCUAGUGAGUAUUCUGCAUCCACUUUGUCGCAGUUCAGAGAAUUAUUCAAGAAUGAGUGGGAUAUUGAAACAUUGAACAUGUUCUUGUUCACGGCAUUCAGACACGACGAUGAUGGUACGUUUAAGAGCCUUUUGCCCGAACUCAAGACAUUGGAGCCCAAUAGGAAGACUUUCGAUAUUAUGUUGGAGAAGUAUGCGAUUUCCCGAGAUAUUGGUCUGUUUUCGUCGUGGUUAAAGGUCUUGUCCACAGACUAUCCACAUUUGGUGGACAUCAAGACCGUGAACACCAUUAUCAAAGCAUUAGUUCAAUUGGACUUGGUUGAUGAUGCACGGGGAUUGGUAGCUGUUUUUUCAAAAGACCUUUUCCACCCCUUGAACUCCGGGGAGCUAUUCCUCAAGCAGUUGACCAUCCAAGACAGGGAAACUUACAACAACUACUGGAAAACUUACGAGGAUUCUGGCCUGACAGAAAAUUUUUCACUCUAUCCUACGGAAAAUACGUUUUUGCCUUUGCUAGCCCUGUAUUGCAAAGAACCCACCGUGGAUUUCGAAACUAUUCUUGGUGUUCUUUACCAAGCAGAGCACGUGUGGGGUAUUCCCAUUACCACCAGAGUGUACAAAUUGCUUUUCCGUUCUUUUGUGGAUGGAAGACAUUCCAGAGAGAAUCUCAGGUUUAUUACCGGAAAGUUGGUCGCCAGUCAUGAUGCUUGUUACUCGAACAAUGAAGCCUGGAUUAAAUCUCAAAUUCUGAGCAUAGAAUUGCCUCCCAAUGUCGUGGGAGUGUUCAAUCUGUUUAUUGAACAAGACAUACCGGCUCUUGUACCCUCCCAAGGCAACUUUAUCAAGUUAUCUGACGAAUUAAUCCUGGUGAUAUAUAUGGCAUUUGACCAUUGUCUCCAGAACCAACCAGAAGAGCAAAAGUUGGCCUCCAAGGCCCAUAAAGAAUACCAGAAACGAUUAAUUGAUGCCCGAGAUGAGUACCAGCGUAGUGUGGAGCCAGGGCCUACGUUGGUGGACUUGAAUGCUCGAGAUGAGUUCAUGUACAUAAAAAAGGGCUUCAUUAUAGAUUUAUUGGAUAUAUUGUCUUAA